CUUCUCCGAGCAUCCUCGGAAGUCGCAGCUGCACUUCAGCCUUUUCCUCGCUAUCCCUCUUCCUUUCCGGACAAGUCGCCAACAUGAAGAGCACGAUAUGUGCUGUCAUCUUGGUGCUAGCCACUUUCACUUCUGCAGAGGAGAAUAAACAGGAGACUAAGAAGCAGGACAAAAGAGGACUCCAGGGGUUGGGAUAUGGCGGCGGUUCCGGGGGUGGUUAUGGCGGAGGACAACAGCUGUCCGGUUCCGGCGGCCAUGGCAUCGGCGGCUACGGAGGAGGCUCCAGUAUCGGCGGAGGAUCCGGUUUCAGCGGAGGCUCCGGUUCCGGCGGCCAUGGCAUCGGCAGCUAUGGAGGAGGCUCCAGUAUCGGCGGAGGAUCCGGUUUCGGCGGAGGCUCCGGUUCCGGUGGCCAUGGUAUCGGCAGCUACGGAGGAGGCUCCAGUAUCGGAGGAGGAUCCGGUUCCGGCGGCCAUGGCAUUGGCGGCUACGGAGGAGCCUCCAGUAUCGGCGGAGGAUCCGGUUUCGGUGGAGGCUCCGGUUCCGGCGGCCAUGGUAUCGGCAGCUACGGAGGAGGCUCCAGUAUCGGCGGAGGCUCCGGUUCCGGCGGCCAUGGCAUCGGCAGCUACGGAGGAGGCUCCAGUAUCGGCGGAGGCUCCGGUUCCGGCGGCCAUGGCAUCGGCAGCUACGGAGGAGGCUCCAGUAUCGGCGGAGGCUCCGGUUCCGGCGGCCAUGGCAUCGGCAGCUACGGAGGAGGCUCCAGAAUCGGCGGAGGCUCCAGUAUCGGCGGAGGCUUCGGUUCCGGCGGCCAUGGCAUCGGCAGCUACGGAGGAGGAUCCAGUAUCGGCGGAGGCUCCGGUUCCGGCGGCCAUGGCAUCGGCAGCUACGGAGGAAGCUCCAGUAUCGGCGGAGGCUCCGGUUCCGGCGGCCAUGGCAUCGGCAGCUACGGAGGAGGCUCCAGUAUCGGCGGAGUAUCCGGUUCCGGCGGCCAUGGCAUCGGCGGCUACGGAGGAGGCUCCAGUAUCGGCGGAGGAUCCGGUUUCGGCGGAGGCUCCGGUUUCGGUGGAGGCUCCGGAUUUAGUGGAGGCUCCGGUUUCGGUGGAGGCUCCGGUUUUGGUGAAGGCUCCGGUUUCGGUGGAGGCUCUGGGCUGGGAGGAAGAAUCGGCGUGAGCGAAGGUCAAGUAAGGGCAGUGACCAUCACCAAGUCUGUGCCUGUCGCUAUACCCCAACCCAUUCCCUAUACUGUGGAGAAGCCCGUGCCUUACCCCGUCCAGGUGCCCGUUCAUGUACCUGUAGACAGACCCUAUCCCGUCCAUGUGCCCAAGCCAUACCCCGUGACAGUGGAGAAGCCAGUCCCCUACCCGGUUGAGAAACGUAUUCCCUACCCUGUCCAGGUUCCCGUGAAGGUUUCUGUGCCCCAGCCAUACCCCGUGCAUGUUCUCAAGCCAGUGGCUGUACCAGUGGCCAAGCCAUAUGCUGUGCCUGUACCACAACCAAUUGUGGUGGAAAAGAAAGUACCCAUCUAUGUGCAAAGCCAGUCAACGGGAGGUCUGGGUGGAGGAUUUGGUGGACUCGGCUCAUCAUCUUUUGGUGGUCUUGGAAACCAAGGAGGAUUUAGCAGUGGUUCCAAUAGCUUAGGCUCAUCUCUUGGAGGCUCAUCUGGAGGCUAUGGUCUUGGAGGCCAUGGAGGAUUCAGCGGUGGUUCCAGUAGCUUUGGAUCAUCACAAGGAAGCUCGUCUGGAGGCUAUAGUCUUGGUGGCCAUGGAGGAUUUAGCGGCGGUUCCAACAGCCUUGGGUCAUCUUUUGGAGGCUCAACAGGAGGCUAUAGUCUUGGAGGCCAUGGAGGAUUCAGCGGUGGUUCCAGUAGCUUUGGAUCAUCACAAGGAAGCUCGUCUGGAGGCUAUAAUCUUGGUGGCCAUGGAGGAUUUAGCGGCAGUUCCAACAGCCUUGGGUCAUCUUUUGGAGGCUCAACAGGAGGCUAUAGUCUUGGAGGUCAUGGAGGAUUCAGCGGUGGUUCCAGUAGCUUUGGAUCAUCACAAGGAAGCUCGUCUGGAGGCUAUAGUCUUGGUGGCCAUGGAGGAUUUAGCGGCGGUUCCAACAGUAUUGGGUCAUCUCUUGGAGGCUCAUCUGGAGGCUACGGUCUUGGAGGCCAUGGAGGAUUCAGCGGUGGUUCCAGUAGUUUCGGAUCAUCUCAAGGAAGCUCGUCUGGAGGAUAUGGUGUUGGAGGCCAUGGAGGAUUCAGCGGCAGUUCCAGCAACAGUGGUGGAUUCCAUCAUGGCUAAGAUUAGUUCCUCUUCAACUUUGUUUUCCCUUUUGUAGUUGCUAAAAUUUGUAUUGUUUGUACAAUUUUUUUGAUGUGAUAAACUGAUUGAUUAACUGAAA